GGCUCGGCGGCGCUCUGCGCAGGCGUCCAGCUGCUGGCAUGCUGGCUCCUUGCAAAGCAGCUGUUUUGGGUUUGAAAUUCCAACAUGGCAGAGGCUGCAGUCAGUCUUCCCUUCAAAAACUUGGAAUGAUUUCAAAUCAUAGGCACCUUCACUUAACCCGAGCCCCCAUUCAUCAGCAAACACAUCGGAUCGAUGCUACUCUAACCUAUCGGGUUCUUGUACCAAAUCUCCAGGUUAAAUGAAUACCUGACGAAAGGGCCCACGUUUCAAGGCAGUGACAUUUGAUAGCUGAGAGGAAAAGUGGCUUUAAUGAAAAGCAACCUUUGGAAUUCCUGCUUGUGAAAAAUCCAAUUCAGCUUUUUGUGCUGCCAGCAAGAAAUGAUCAGUAGCACCAGUGUUUAUGGCUUGAAGAUGCAGUGGACGCCGGAGCAUGCCCAGUGGCCAGAACAACACUUCGACAUCACUUCAACCACCCGGUCCCCUGCCCACAAGGUAGAAGCCUACCGGGGGCACCUGCAGCGCACCUACCAGUAUGCCUGGGCCAACGAUGACAUCUCAGCUCUGACCGCCUCCAAUCUGCUGAAAAAGUAUGGAAAAUAUUCUGGUAUUUUGGAAGGCCCAGCCGAGCGGCCCAUUCUCAGCAAUUACUCUGAAGCUCCCUCGGGACUGGUGAACGGUCGGAAGAAUGAAAGUGAGCCUUGGCAGCCAUCGCUGAACUCGGAGAGUGUGUAUCCCAUGAACUGUGUCCCAGAUGUCAUCACCGCCAGCAAAGCUGGGGUAAGUGCAGCCCUCCCUCCCGCAGAUGUCUCAGCCAGCAUCGGGAGCUCUCCUGGGGUGGCCAGUAACUUGGCUGAACCCAAUUACUCCAGCAGCACCUGUGGAAGUCACACCGUUCCCAGUCUUCAUUCAGGGCUCCCAUCUCAGGAAUAUGCCACAGGAUACAACGGCUCGUACUUGCAUACCAGUUACAGCAGCCAGCCAGCACCUGCACUUCCAUCCCCUCAUCCAUCUCCCCUGCAUAGCUCGGGACUUUUACAGCCCCCCCCCCCCACCACCACAUCAGCCCUCGUCCCCGGCUACAACGGGACCUCUAACCUCUCCAGUUACAGCUACCCUUCUGCCAGUUAUCCUCCUCAAACCGCUGUUGGCCCUGGGUACAGCCCUGGGGGUGCCCCACCACCGGCUUACCUGCCUUCAGGAAUCCCUGCUCCAACCCCUCUGCCCCCCACCACUGUCCCCAGCUACUCCUACCAGGGCCACGGUCUGACGCCCAUCGCGCCGUCUGCCCUGACAAACAGUUCAGCCAGCUCUCUCAAAAGGAAAGCUUUCUACAUGGCAGGGCAAGGAGAAAUGGACUCCAGUUAUGGAAAUUACAGCUAUGGCCAACGAUCUACACAGAGUCCCAUGUAUCGAAUGCCAGACAACAGCAUUUCUAAUGCAAACAGGGGGAAUGGUUUUGACAGAAGUGCUGAAACAUCAUCCUUAGCAUUUAAGCCAACAAAGCAGCUAAUGUCCUCUGAACAGCAAAGGAAAUUCAGUAGCCAGUCCAGUAGGGCUCUAACACCCCCAUCCUAUAGUACUGCUAAAAACUCCCUGGGUUCGAGAUCAAGUGACUCAUUUGGGAAGUAUACCUCCCCAGUAAUGAAUGAGCACGGUGAUGAGCACAGGCAGCUCCUCCCUCACCCAAUGCAAGGCCCGGGACUUCGUGCAGCUACCUCAUCCAACCACUCUGUGGACGAGCAACUGAAGAAUACUGACACCCUCAUUGACCUUGUUACCAAUGAGAUUAUCAACCAAGGACCUCCUGUGGACUGGAGCGACAUUGCUGGCCUAGAUCUGGUAAAGGCCGUCAUUAAGGAGGAGGUUUUAUGGCCAGUAUUGAGGUCAGAUGCAUUCAAUGGACUGACUGCUCUACCUCGGAGCAUCCUUUUAUUUGGACCUCGGGGAACAGGCAAAACAUUAAUGGGCAGAUGUAUAGCUAGUCAGCUGGGGGCCACGUUUUUCAAAAUCAGUGGCUCUGGCCUUGUCACAAAGUGGUUAGGGGAAGGAGAAAAAAUUGUCCAUGCCUCCUUCCUUGUGGCAAGGUGUCGCCAGCCCUCGGUGAUUUUUGUUAGUGACAUUGAUAUGCUCCUUUCCUCUCAAGUGAGUGAAGACAUAUCAUAAGUAAGUCGGAUGAGAACCGAGUUCCUUAUGCAGCUGGACACUGUACUGACUUCUGCUGAGGACCAAAUAGUAGUAAUUUGCGCCACGAGUAAACCAGAAGAAAUUGAUGAAUCUCUUCGAAGGUACUUCAUGAAACGACUUUUAAUCCCACUUCCUGACAGCACAGCGAGACACCAGAUAAUAGUACAACUGCUCUCACAGCACAAUUACUGUCUCAAUGACAAGGAGGUUGCACUGCUUGUCCAGCGCACAGAAGGCUUUUCUGGACUAGAUGUGGCUCACUUGUGUCAGGAAGCCGUGGUGGGCCCACUCCAUGCCAUGCCAGCCACAGACCUUUCAGCCAUUAUGCCCAGCCAGUUGAGGCCAGUUACAUAUCAAGACUUUGAAAAUGCUUUCUGCAAGAUCAUAUCUCAAAAAGAGCUUGAUACAUAUGUUGAAUGGAACAAAAUGUUUGGUUGCAGUCAGUGA